AUUGCUUUAAUGCCAGCUGGAUUGCUGGAUACCUUACAUCGACAGAUACGUGAAAUCAAACGUCAAAGUCCGUUUGCAAUUUUAGACAAAACAUUUCCAAAUCCUUAGUGAACCAAUACCUACAGAAUCAGUUAAUAUGGUGGUAUAUUCGGCACAUCAGCACCAUGAACGUCUUGGCGAACACGAUGAAGACAGGCCGAUGCCGGUAUUUGCCGACACUAGCAAGCUUCCAGUGGUGGAAAGUCUUGAGGCUAUGCGUGCCCUAAGCCGAAGCAACUUGCUGGAAGAUAAAAGCGAUUGCAGAUAUGAUCCCAAUAGACAUAUACUGUUGGAUGGAUCUCGUCUCAUCAACGAGAUGAAAUCAUUGGCUGAAAUCCAGGAAGAGUUGAAAACGAUGUGUACUUGUGACGGACAAGAUCAGGAAGUUGACGAAAUGGCCGCCGCUGCCCAAAAAGAACCCUCGAUGUCAGUGUACGAUCCCGAAGUUCUCAACACCACUAUGGCACCCAGAAUCAACAGUUUUAUGGUAAGAAGACGUCUGCUGUGGAGUUCAUUUCUCAGAGAUCUCGAAACAUAUGAAAGGAAUGAACUGGUGGAGUAUGAAGAAAAAAUUCGAAAGUUCCAUGAAUCAAGAAGGCAACGCAUGCUUGGAGGUCAGGGAAAUGACUGUGUUGAAGAAAGUCGUAGACCAUGCAGUCCCUAGUUUCCUUUUAUGGAUGUAACUAUUAUGCUAAUCUUGAUCUAUCAACAAGAUUGUACGUUCGUAUAUAGGCUAGUGAUUUAGUAACUGGGAAUUGAUGAAAAUACACAAUUGUUUGAUAUUACAG